UUGCUAGUGUCUUACAGUCCGCUAGCUCGGUUUUGGCCGCGCACCGCUGUUUCUCGCGACAUACCGCCUCGUUGCGCGCUGUGAACAACGUUUGCAGGCGCCGACCCCGGCGCGGUACGCUGCGUGAACGCUACUCGCUCAAAGACAAGCAGCGGCUGAGUACCAAACGGACGUUGCUCAAGCACUGAAAACGCGCGCGCCGACGCGCACACCAAGAACAGAGCAAGUAUGGCCGACACCCCAGCACAAGCGGGCGCCACGACGACCCUCGGCUACCUCGCGGACCGCAGCGCGCAGCUCGCGGCAUCGCUGCGCGAGGUCGAGGCCGAGAUUUUGAAGGGCCAGGGCGCGACGUCGCUCGCCGACGCCUCGCGCGGGUCCCACGCGCGCGUCGCGCGGCUGCGCGCCAACCUGCGCGAGACCCUGCAGCCUUUGUUGGACGAGGCCGAGGGCGAGGGCCUGAGGGGCGACAUCCUGAAGGUCGGCGACGAGGUCCGCGCUUCCGAGAAGCGCGUGGCGGCGCUGGAGCAGGUCGUAGAGUGCGAAGCGAGCAUUGAUGGCGCCGAGGCCGAGCUCGGGGCGGGGCGCGUCGUCGAGGCGUGCGCUGCGUUGGACGACGCCGGGUCGAAGCUGGACGCUUUAGAUAGGGAGGCCCCCUACGCCGGGGAAUUGAGAAGGCGCUUCGACGCCGCGGCGACGGGCGCCGAGACGAGGUUGCGGGAGCUCCUGGCGCACGCGGUCACCGCGGACGAAUCGAGGAUUGCGGUCGAGGCCGCGGAUGGCGUCGUCUGCGGCCGGCUCGCGGACCGGCCCGUCGCGACGUUCGAGUUGCUCACGGCGGCUCGGGCGCUCGGGUGCAGCGCCGAGGCUAGGAUACUCGACGAGGUCGUCGAGCGGUGCUCGCCGUUCGUUUCCCGGUGUUUGACGGCGGGCAACCGCGACGCCCUCACGUCGGAUGGGAGCGCGCGCCGCGUUCUAAAAGUGGACGCCGACGCCGUCACGGAGAAUUCGGUUGAUGCGGAGCUUUGUACCAAAAGAGCGCACCAGGUCGUCGCGUUCCUCGACGACGCUUUGCUCGGUAACGACGCUUAUUUGCGGUCGAAGUUCCAUGCGAGUCUGGUGGCUCCAUUGAUCCUACCGGCCGUCGAGAAAGCGUUGGUGCGGGAUCCGAGAGACGUGGCGCCGACUCAAAAACAGAUGGCCGCGACGCGCCAGGCCGUCGAGGGCCUCGAGGCCGAUUUGUGCGGGCGGGGCUACGGAAAUGCGUCGUUGGUCAAGGCCUUGGACCACGCGGCGACGACGGCCGCCGAAGCGGCGCGGGCGCGAGUCCUGGACGAGGCGCGCAAGGCGUUGAGGGGCGACUGGCACAACGCGACGGAAGCCGAGUGCGCGCCUUUGGUGGACCGCGUGAACGAGGCCGAACCCGGCGAGGCCGCGCCGCCGCCCACGUUGUUGGUCUCGGCGGUCGUGCUGGACCUGGCGUCGAUCAUCGACCGCGCGGCGGACGAGGCCGCGUCGGCGCCCACGGCCGAAAUGGCCUCCACCUUAUUCUCGGGCGUGCGCCUUUCAUUUGAACUCUUCCGCGGCUUCGCGUCGCUCCAAGACUGCUCGCGGUCGCCUAGAUUAGCGCGGCUCCUGGCGAACGACUGCCUCUUCUGCGCGCGCCUCGCGGCGCGCGUGUCCGUCGACCGCGGGCCGGCCAUCGGCCGCGCGGCGGCGCAGCCGCACCUAUCCCUCGUGGACCAGAUCGAGCCGCUGCGGGCGCUCGCGGACGGCUUCCGCGCGAAAGCCGACGACGACGUUUCGCCGCCGGCGCCGCCGGCCCUCCUCUCGGCCAUCGCGGCGUAAGCAUACAGAAGAUUUGCCCUUCGCACGUCGCGGCGGCUACCCGCAAGUGAGGCGCACUAGUAAG